CUUUCUUUCCUUUGAGCAUUUAGCCUGCAUUCAAUAAAAUUUUGAUGACUGCUCUUUAGCAGACAGCUGUAGGAUAUAAAGUAUUAUAAAUAUUCAGCUUUCCUCUUCUAGCGUUGCCAUUAACAGCUGGGCAUCCAGUUCAGCAGAGCAGAUUUUGCAGAGGGAGCUUGGCAUGUUCCUGAAUCAGUAUAGUGAAGAAGACUAGCAAAUAGUUUCUUAUGGUUUGGGGACCUGUAAAGACAUAGAGCAUCUGUUCCCCAGUUAAGUCAUAGUCUGGCAGCACUGAAUCAUGUUAAGAGCAAAAAUGAUGGGAAGAACUACUUCUUUCACCUUGGCUGUGCCUCUGUUUUAAAUGCCUAAUUCAUUGUUUCUACUAAUGGCAAAAUCAUUUCAGCCCUUGCUCAGAAGAGCUAAGAGAGCAUUAAAGUUGGACACUGUUAAAAAAGAUAAUCCACCUGAUGCAACACCUUUGAAGAGCAAAAAGAAAAGUCUAAACUCUUACUCACCAACAACAGGAACAUGCCAAAUCAGUCCAUUUUCAUCUCCCACGAGUCAUCAUGCACAGACUCUCGGAAAUCGCCCAUCAAAUGGAGCCAGCACCGAGCAGACGGGUUCAGAAAGCGGCUUAUCCAGGAGAGGGCAGCCUCAAACAGAGGAGGAUGAGUUCAUGGAAUUGCAGUCCAAAGUGAAAAGUUCCUUGGCUACGUUUCUGAAUAUAAGAGCAAAGCUAACAAGCCUACAGGCUUUAGAGGGCAGUGGUGAGCUUGGAAACGCUCCUGGUGUCUCAGACUUGUCUUGCGACUUGAGCGCUGAAGUGCAGAAAACCCAAGAGCUAAUGAGGCAAGCAGAAGAACUGCAGCUGUUGAAAAGAAAACAUGGAAAACUUCCUGCCCAAGGGCAAGUUCAGACCCACAGCAGUGCUGCCUCCCUCAGGUCUCUCCUUGGCUGAGCUCUGGAGCUGCUCUCUGCACGGGGCCUUUCCUGGCACUGCUCUGGUAAGGAAAGGGACACCUUGAAUCUCCAGAGACUCUGCCCCACUCUAACACAUCCCACAGCUUUUCUCCUCAUCAACACUGUCAGUUCCUAACUGGCUGUUUUUUCAAGAAUGGCAACUCAGCUGUAACACGUGUAAGGAAAGCAAGAAAACAAGUGUACUUCAGAUUUUACCUUCUUAAAUGCCACAACUGAUGCCUAGGAAUUGCCCCAGGAGGCUGCCUCCUGCUGCCUGCCACACCAACUGCAGAGUACUUGAGGGAUGGAAACCAGUGCAGCAGAGCAGAGCAUCCUCCUGUUCAGCAGCUCAUUUUCUCCACUCAGCACAAUUUCUGAGUCCUACAGGACAAAGGGAGUCACCAUUCUAUGGUACAAUAACCAGCUGAGGUCUUACACAGGCUUGCUAGCCUCAGCUAAACUCAUACCGACCACAGCUACAGGGCUUCAUGUUUCCACUCCUGGACAGUAUCAUCUAGUCAGUGAAUAUUUGGUUUGCACCUUACAUCCAAAAAAAGACACAUUCAUUUUCUCUGGUUCUCUCUAAUCCCUUCCCAAGUGUGACUAACACUGUAAAGCCCUUUGCUUUCUUAUUAACAAUUUGGUUGUGAUAGCUAAAUGACCUUUUAGUAAAUACUUCUCAACUUUUUCUACAGAUAAAAGCUACAGCAUUUCCUUGAACCUUAAAAUGUUACUGCAGUUCAAGGGAAGACCAUCUGUUGCUCUGCAUUGCCCAAGAAUGUCUUGUCUGCCUGUAUUUUUUUAUGCAGCAAGUACUGACCAUAGGACAGAGAGAUCAUUCUGGACAGGUCACAUGAGUGAUGAUGCUGUUCCUUAAUUGCUAUUUAUUUUAGUCAUUCCUUAACUCCACACAGGCAUUACGUGAAAAAUGCAUUCCACAUCAACCCAGAGUUCUACAUCUGCUGGGCUGUACUUAAAAGGAGAGAAGAAGUGCCUGUAAACCUAUCUCCCCAGCAAAUACCAGUUCAGGACUGCUCAUUGCACUAGGCAGGUGCACAUCUAGAUAAAAUUUCUGGCAUCUAUUUAAACUUAACAAUGUGCACAACCAGAUAAUCUCAAUGUAAAUAAUACAUCCUGGGUGCUUUGUGCAAGCGUGUGUACAAAAUGCUGAUUUAGGUUUGUUGCUGCAUGGGAAGGAAACUGUAGUGCCUGAGUGUUCUUACUGCCAAUCUAUAAUACUGCUUUUAAAAAACUAAACUAGAACCCUCCCUCCAAGAACUGGGUGAGGAGAAACCAGGCUAGAUGAAUUAGGGAUCCCAGGCCCCUACUGGGAAAUGGCUGCUUCCUGCCAGGGCCUUCAAUGAAUUCUUCAUCCCUCCCCCCCAGAGCCAGCAAAACAUGAUUCCAAUUAAUGCAUCUAGUUUUGUAACAAGCUGCCUAAAGACAUAUGACUUUUUCUGAUUAUAAUUGGGCUCAAAAGAUAAAGGAAGCUCUUGUGCAAGGAAUUAUGCUGAGUGCUGAACAUGUUUGAGUGGUUUACAAACACCUGUUUCUCUCUGUGGCUGUCACAAUUAGGGACAUAUUUGUUAUCUACAAAGAUGUUUCCUCUAAAGUCAACCAAAGACACACUCUGCCAAGGUAUCAGAUUCAAGCCUGCAAUGUUAAAACACGUGGUUCUCAUGACAUUGGCUUUUUAGGGCAACAUUUUAGUUAAGGUUUGGUGCUUAAUGAUACAGUGGGAGAGCUGUUAGCAGAGAGUUUCUUCUCUAUUUCAUUACCCCCAAAACCACCUCUCCAUCCCAGUGAAUACCCUGCAUCUGAAGUUGGUGAGAUGCAGCCUCAUGUUGAAAGAAUGCAGAAUUAUUUGGGUUGGGUUUUUUUUUUUCAGAAAGUUCAACAUAAAUGCACACAAGUGGAGGUCCCUCCCUUCUACUAUGGUCAAGUACUGGUACUCAAACAUACACUGAUUUUUCACAACUAAAAUCCUGAGAACUACAAUGUUCAGUGUUCAGUGAGUAAACAUGUAGGCACUCAAGCUUUGGGAGUUUUUAAUUAAUAAAAAUGUUUUUGCACUUAAAUACCUGUGUUGUCUGGCUGGAAAAAAAAUAAAUCAGUAAUUAUUAGAAGGGAAUUGUGUUACCUACUGUUUACCUUCUCCACCUUGCUCAUCUAAGCUGUCUGUCCUGUUGAUUUUGUUGUACAUCCAAGAUUCACCAGCUGAUUGUUCUGUGUGAUAAUGGCAGGUUAGCCUGAACCAGCAAUAGUUUAUAUAACCUGAUUGUAACCUCUCUAGCUGGAAAUUAAAUAAUUAUUGAUCUGAAAAGCAUCUGUAAAUUACCUGUAUGCUACUGUAAAUCAAGCUGUUCUGUGCAGUCUUAAAAGAAUGAAAUAAAACUUUUGCAGAAAAUGACAGUUAAGGCAGUGAUGGACAACGAGUUAACAGUAGUUAUUAAAUGCCAUGAAAUAUGCCAUGUAAUCAUUUUUUGUGAAAUAAAGAGUUAUACCCUAA